UUCCACAGCCCCCACGGUGCCCAGAACAUGGAACCCAGCCCUCUGUGACAUCAGCCCCGGGGCCGAGGGCACCACGGGCAGCGCAGCUGCUGCGGGCAUUGCGGCUGUGGCUGUGCUGCUGCACGGAGCCCUCAGUGCUUGCAGCUGACACGCGCCUCUGGCAGCCAUGAAUGGGCUCGGCCUCCUCGUCCUGCUCACCGUGCCUGGGCUGGCACACGGCUUAUGGGAAGACUGUGGAGGGAUAUGUGGGCUCCGACCCUUGAUGUAUGAGUAUGAGUAUCUGGAUGAAGUCGUCGACACGACACGCGUCGUGGGUGGCGCAGAUGCCAAGUCAGGGUCCUGGCCCUGGAUUGUCAGCCUUAAGCAUCCUGCAAUACCAGGAACAAGACAUCUGUGUGGAGGGUCUCUCAUAAAUGCAGAGUGGGUCCUCACAGCAGCUCACUGCUUCGACCCCAUCAGGAAAUUUGGCGUGGUGUAUGUGGUGAUUGGGGCCACUCAGUUGACUAAGCCAGGACCUGGAGCACAACUGCGCAGAAUUAAGAAGUUAGUGCUUCACGAAAACUACAAUAAAAAUGACAAGAGUAACGACAUUGCUUUGCUGCAGCUGAGCAAGCCUGUUGAGUGCAACCCCUACACUCAGGUGGCCUGCGUGGCUGAGCCCACCACAAACUUGUCAGACCUGCAGAAUUGCUGGGUGGCCGGCUGGGGUGCCGUCACUGCAAGAGCUCAAAACUCAAGUGACGUCCUACAGGAGGCUGAAGUCCAGCUAAUCGAUGUCCAUCUCUGCAACAGUAGCCGCUGGUAUGCAGGGAAAAUCCACACCCACAACUUGUGUGCUGGUUACCCAGAGGGCAAAAUCGACACCUGCCAGGGUGACAGCGGUGGUCCUCUCAUGUGCCAAGAUAAACACAGUGACUUCUUCUGGGUUGUUGGAGUGACCAGCUGGGGAAGAGGUUGCGCCAGAGCAAAGCAGCCUGGAGUCUACACCUCCACUCAGCACUUCUAUGACUGGAUCCUGGCCAACGUCGGCAUGAAGACAAGUGAAAAUAUUUCUUGAGCAUCAGAGUAGGCAGGAUCCAGAGCAGGCUGCACUGCACUGCAACUGUUUCCUGCUGGGGCAAUACCUCCUGAUCCAACGGCAGCUUCAGUGUCAAAAGCCUGCUCUGUCCUGCCCCCUGUGUGCAUGCAGAACCUGGAGUUGACUUAAUGGUUGAAAUAGAUUUACCUUUGUUCACAGGGAUAC